GCCUUUCACUGUAUGUUUCAAAGUACACGCAAGGAAUAAUGCUAAUCUUAAUCUUAGGGACAGGAUAACCAGUUAGUGGAUAGCUCCUACAUUUAGAGUUGUGGAACCAAGCCAACAUGCCAAUAUAAUUAUAUUGAGGAAUGAUAAGGCUGCUCUUGGACGCAGGUGCAUGGAAUCUUUAACUGCCACCUGAUGCUGCCCAGACUAGAUGGUUUUGAAUUAUAAGGAGAGACUGGGUUUGUUUUUCCUGAAGUGCAAGAGGCUGAUCCUAUUAUUGUGAGGGGAAAACGUAAGGCAGAUGGCCCCAGAGUAGGGGAAGUCUAAAACUAGAAGGUAUAGGUUUAAAGUGAGACGGAAACAAUGUAAAGAGGACCUAAGGGCAAUUUUUUUUCACUGUACAUUGGAAGGAGCGGCCAGAGAAAGUGGUAGAGGCAGUGCUCCCCCUCUCCAUGUUGGUGGAUUCCCAACGGUUAUUCCGACGCUCAAUGGCUUCCUACGCGGUAUUCCGGUUUGGAGAGCUCUGUCAGCAUUACUAAGGAGACUUUUAUGAUCAAGUAAAGAUGCCAGCAGGAGUAUCCUGGCCCCGUUACUUAAUGAUGUUGGGAACAAGCAUCCUGACAAUGUUUGCAGGAGCAGAAGUAGUGCACAGAUACUACAGACCGGAUUUGAGUAUACCAGAAAUUCCACCCAAACCAGGUGAACUUAAAACAGAGCUUCUUGGACUCAAAGAUAAAAUUCAGACUCAUAACUCUGAAAAACACUGAAGGAAACAAAGCAAGAAGACCCAUUCUCAUAAAAUAUAUAAACAACAGCUAAAGAGAUUGACCUAAAACUGUAAAGUUAAUUACACAUUGUUUUGCAGUCUAGAUUUUCUGUGAUAACUUUUAAGUGGUCUCAAAGAGUGCAGUUGCAUCCACUUUAUACAUUGCAGUUAAAGUGAGAAAAAUAAUUUACCACAUCCAUCUUUGGGUUACAGAUUAACACCUAUUGACCACUCAUCCUGACCAGUGACACGUGUUAAAAUGAAAACAAAUUGAUUUGAAGUCUAUGAUUGUACCCUGAAAUUGUGAUCCUUAUAGCAGAUUUAUUCAUAUGAACAAAAUUGUAUAUACUUGAUGUGACCUAAAGUGACUCUUAAUGCAAACACCAACUUGGUUAACUGAAUUAAUCUAAUGUAAACUUUAUGUAGAUAUUUAUAUUCUUGUGCAGAUGUUAACUAGAAUCCAUGGUAUUGUGGGGAGAUGCAAUGUAAAUAUAUACAUUUUCUACUGAAGCCAAAUCUGAUUAAGGUGGCCUUAAAUAUGUACUUUGAGGUCACAAAUUUUCCUUGAGUGUACAUUGCUACAAAUAAAUAUACUUGAACUUGAGCAUAUUUGUUUUUGUUCAAGGUUACUGAUUA